AUGGAUUUCUUAUGGUUUCUAAGUUGCUAUGAAGGACCUGUUCCAAUUAGAGAUUUUGAUAAAAAUCAUAACUGGCAACAGUGGGUUCCCGCGACAUAUAAAACACAUGCUCGUUUUUGCGCUGUUUGUGAUUCCUUGCUUGUAACUACUUCAAGUUUUUAUUGUGAUUGUUGUGGAGUCUGUGCUGAUAAACCUUGCAUUAAAAAAGCAGAUAACGAUAUUAAAUGUAAAGCAAUAACACAGACUAAAACUUUGAAACAUCAUUGGAUUAAAGGCACAAUUGCAUCGGUCGAUGGAACAGAAGAGUGUGCAAUCUGUAAUAAUGAAUUUACAGAUCCUUGGAAAGGAGAUUUUCAUUGUUGCUGGUGUCAUAGGAAUAUUCAUGGCACAUGUUUAUCAAGAAUUCCUGAAACAUGUGAUCUCGGUCCUUAUCGCUUGAUGAUAGUACCACCAACCAGUAUUAAACCUACAAAAAUCAGAACUCGCAUGAGAAGGAAACAAACAAUUAUUUCUGUGAAUCCACCUGAGUGGCCUGGUUGGAGUCCAUUGAUAAUAAUUGCUAACAAAAAAUCAGGAAGUAGUGAUGCUGAAGAAAUUUUAUCAUUAUUUAGAUUUAUUCUGAAUCCUAUUCAAGUUAUGAUUAUAGGAAAAAAUCGAACACCAGCUCAAGCUUUGCAUUGGGUCAAAUUAGUUGCUCCAAAUGUGUGCCGAAUCCUUAUAGCAGGUGGUGAUGGAACGGUUGCUUGGGUUCUGAAUACUAUUCGAGAAAUGAAACUCAAACCAGAACCUUUAGUAUCAAUAUUUCCACUUGGUACUGGAAAUGAUUUGUCUCGAUCUUUGGGUUGGGGUGCAGAACCUCCAGAUAUUAUUCAACCAGAAAUAAUAUUGCAAAAGAUACAAUCCGCCGAUACAAUUAAUCUGGACAGGUAA